AUGAGUGAAUUCAUCAAGUAUCAGGGGUUUGACCAUGUAUGGAAAUAUACUGGACCAUGGUUUUACUAUUUACUUGCUGCCUACAUUAGUCUCCCAAUAUUAGCCUACAAGCUACUACCAUAUUUUUCUCAGAGUAGGAGGUCACCUAGUCGAAAGAGUGUAUUGAUAUUCGUGUUGGGGGAUUUGGGCCAUUCGCCUAGAAUGUGCUACCACGCAUUGUCAUUUAGUAAGAGUGGGUACGACGUGAGUCUAUGUGGAUACAUUGAAACACGACCAUCAGGUGAAAUUGUCGAUGAUUUGAAUAUUGAUGUCGUACCAAUAGGCGUUGUUCAUAAUGUUCACAAUUUCCCAUUUAUGAUAUUUGCGGCACAGAAGAUUCUUAUUCAAGUGAAGCAAUUGAUGACGAUACUUUGGAAUCGAGGAGGUGAAAUCGAUGUGGUGAUGAUACAGAACCCUCCAAGUAUACCCAUAUUGCUCAUUGUUUUAUUGUUCAAGUUUUUGAUACAUCGUCAUUGGAAAGUGGUUAUUGACUGGCAUAACUUGAACUAUACUAUCUUGAAUUUGAGAUUUCAAAACUUGAACCACCCUUUGGUGAAAUUGAUGAAGUUUUACGAGAGCUUUUUAGGAAGAUUCGCUGAUUUGAACAUAACGGUGACAAAACAAAUGAGAAAGUUUUUGAUCAAUGAUUUUGGUUUCGCUAAAGGUAAAGUGAUUACAUUCUACGAUAGACCGGGAAUGCAAUUUAUACCAGCCAAGAGCUCGGAACUUAAAAAGACUCAUGAGAUAUUCCGAGAUGUGAAAAAUAUCGAACUGUGUAAGAUAUUGAUCAGCUCCACUUCGUUCACCCCCGAUGAAGAUUUUGAUCUCUUGCUUGAUGCUUUGAAGCUGUAUGAUACACUGGGCAACCCCAAUUUGCCUCCUAUUUUGCUUAUUGUAACAGGUAAGGGCCCACUCAAACAAAAGUUUGUACAAAGAGUGAUUGAACUAGACUUUUCACCAAGAGUUAUUGUGAAAACUGCAUGGUUGACAUCGGAAGACUAUCCAAAAAUUUUGGCACAAGCGGAUUUGGGAAUAUCGCUACAUACAUCGUCAAGUGGGAUAGAUUUACCCAUGAAGAUUGUUGAUUUCUUUGGUUGUGGUGUUCCAGUGAUAUCAUUAAGUUUCCCUGCUAUAAACGAAUUGGUAAAGGAUGGUGACAAUGGACUCAUUGCAAAAGAGUCCACAGCGGAUGAUCUAGCCAACUUGUUGGAAAAAGUAUUUACAGAUGACAAAUUGUUAUCAAAAUUGGAAGAUGGGGCUUUGAGAGAUAGUAAAUCAAGAUGGGAUGAAAAUUGGACAACCGUUCUCAAGCCGAAAUUUGUAGAAUAA